AUGUGCGGGGCCUCUGCUGUUCAACAGGAGGUUGUGCAAAUGUGUCGACGCUCCUGCGGUAUUCUCAGACUCAGACCAUUUCAACCGCCCGUCCACCAUCGGCUCCGGCCAGCACCGCUAGUUGCGCACCGUGUCCACGAUUCCUCCUACAUGAGGACUUGA